CCAAAAAAUUCUUGAAUUUCGCCGUGUGCAAGUGUUUUCAAUUUACGAAUGCUGUGUUUUUACAAAAUCGCUUAUUUUGUACUCAAUCCUUUCAAUUUACCCUUUUUCUAGUACUGUGUCUGAAGUCAAAUUGAAAAAUGUGAUCUUUUCGUGGGCCUUUGAGUUUUUUCCUCAAGACUCUUAACUCCCCAAUUUAGCCCGAUGGAACGGUCCAAUAGUAUGACGUCCAAACGACCUGGAUUGUAUGAAUUUCUCAUCGAGGCAGAAUUGCAGCAGUAUUACGCUGGUAUCAAGAAUGAUUUGAAGGUUCAAAAUGUAUCUCAGCUCAAGUAUGUUACUGAUGAAGAUUUGCAUUCCAUUGGAAUGGCAAAGCCUGAAAUCAGAAGGUUAAAAAAGUUUUUUCAGAAGCACUUCCCUCAGAAUUAUCUCUCCAAAAUAAAAAAGAUGAUUCUUCCUAAAAAGGAAGAAGAAUGGGAGUCAAUGGUUGGGAUGCUGCCUGAAGAAGGGACUCUCGAUGGGAAACCACCAAUCAAAGUUCCGAACAAACACAUCAUUCCUGCAGACAAUAUAUUAGUAAACAAGGAAUUAGGGACAGGAGAAUUUGGUGUUGUUCAGCAAGGUGUUUGGACAAAUGAUGGAGAAAGGAUUCAAGUGGCCAUCAAGUGCUUAAGCCGUGAGCGCAUGCAAAACAAUCCGAUCGAGUUUCUCAAAGAAGCAGCCAUAAUGCACGGCAUUGAUGAUGAACAUAUCGUCCGCUUAUAUGGUGUUGUUUUGGACACCAAUGCUCUCAUGCUGGUGACUGAACUUGCACCACUCCGCUCCCUCCUUGAGUGCCUGAAGGAGCCCUCUCUACGUGCCAGUUUUCCUGUGAUAUCUUUGUGUAAUUUUGCCGUUCAAAUCUGCAGCGGGAUGCAGUACCUUGAGAUGAAGAGGUUAAUCCACCGAGACCUUGCUGCUCGCAACAUUCUAGUCUUCUCAAAGAACAAGGUGAAAAUCUCUGACUUUGGAUUGUCACGAGCACUUGGAGUUGGGAAGGACUACUACCAAACCAACUUUAAUGUCAAUUUAAAACUGCCAAUUGCCUGGUGUGCUCCGGAGUGUAUUAGUUAUCUGCGAUUCACAUCUGCUUCAGAUGUAUGGGCAUUUGGUGUUACAUUGUGGGAAAUGUUCAGCUACGGCUUUCAGCCAUGGGCAGCCCUUACCGGUCAUCAGAUAUUAGAAGCAAUAGACGAGCCUAAUCUACAGCGACUGGAGCAACCAGAGUGCUGUCCCAAAGAGUAUUACAGUGUUAUGCUAAAAUGCUGGCAACACGAUCCUAACAAACGCCCACGCUUUGUCGACCUCAUGAACAUUUUGCCAGAUUGUAAGCCUGAACAAGUCCAAGCAGUACAGGAUUCGAUAGAUGAUAAAAUGAAGAGGGACCAGUUAUCUUACAGGCAAGGCGAUGUUAUUACUGUUCUGGACAAAGGUCUAACUGGCUCAGGCAGCAAUAGCUGGAAAGGUGUUCUAAACAAUGGUAAAAGUGGUUUCUUCAACCCUGCCCAUACUGUCACAUACUUAGGAGCGAAUCUUCCUUCCAAUAAAGGUGGAGAAUUUAUGCGCGGCGAUGGUAAGAAUACGUAUUCUUCGCGUCGAAGUCGGCUACGUCCAGAUAUGAUUUCGUGCCCACAGGGUGAUGUCAAACAUACAAGUCACAUUGGUUUAGAUGGAGCUUAUUUUGGAGAUAUCUCUUUUCUUGGAGGAUCAACAAAAUAUAAUCACAUUCCUCACCAAGUUGUCAUGCCAUAUAAACAUGAAGAUAACACAGCUGAAUCAGACACUAGCUCUAUUAAAACAACCUCUGACAGAGCUCCACUUCUAACCACUGACCCUCGAAAAAUUCCUGCGAAUGAUUCUAAAUGGCUGGAUUGUGAAAAUGUGAAAAAUGUCUGUGCAGGCGCCAUCAACAGUAAAUGCUUAACUGAUCACGAAUAUCAUGAGAUCAGUGAUGAAGAAUGUGUUGCUGAGAGUCCGCGAUUUGAAAAAACUUUUGACUUUGGACCUAGUUUGCUGGAUGAAAUGAAUGCCAUGUUCCGGAAUAUUGGGACCAAUGACAUAGGAUCUCCACCUCCCUCUCCUCUAGACGUGGAUACAAAUAAGCGCAAUGAGUUACGCGAAAUUGCUGCAUCUCUGACAAAAAGCAAAAAAAAGCAAGCAACAGUGAAACCAAUUUCAGCAGCGGAUGAAAAGGCUCUUGAUUCGGCUAUUGCUUUAGCUAACGAAAUUGCAGCUUGCUCGAUGAAUGACCUCGAUAAUGGCACCUCUCAACAUGGCCCAGACUCUCCUCGCACACCAGCCUCGCCCAACAAAAGAAAAUUUUCCUUUCGUUUUCCAACACCCUUAGUCAGCGGUGCCCUAUCAAAGCACUCACAGAGAACUGAGGGUCAUACUUUCACUGAUGAAGCAGCCUCAAUUCCUGACAUUCAGAACUGUUUAAGCACAGAAGCCAAGGCAGUGUAUGAUAGCUUGAUAGAAAAGGCGGAGUUGAGUCAAGAAAAUCAGUCGCAAGCUGCUUCUACGGAAAUUGUGAACCCUUUGAAAAUGUUGAAGUGUGGACCUGUUGUGAGACCACGGGGACGGGGUAGCAAGUCUGUCACGCUCGGAAGUUUGCCCCAUGUUUUGCCCAUCAUCGGGAGUCAUCUGCCCAGAGUAUCAACCAACUUAUGUAGAAAUGAAUGUUCACAAUCUUGUGAACUGAUGGGUCAAACAAAUGAAGCUCUAGAUGAUGAUGAAGGAACUGGUGGAAAUGCAAUACCUCUUCCCCCGAGAGAUCGGUCCAGUUUGCAGCUAACUUUACCCAAGCCGCGACAUCAGAGAAAACACCCCCUUAUCAUUCCCGGUGGAGGGGUGACGAGAACAGUUGCCAAAGCCACAGCUGUGACCCCAACCAAUGAAAAUCCUCCAGAACCAGCAUACCUAGGUCUAGAGUUUGAACAGCCUCAAACAGAUAAUGGCCCCAUCUCAGCUGAGGUUCUUAACCAGUCGAAUGACUUUGAUCUUCGGAUAGCCUCAGAGCUGGAAGCUCUUGAUAACCUCCCAACAGAAACUAAUGGACUUUCUCCGGACAGCAAUGACUUGAAUGAUAUGAUGCUACGAUCAAGUGACCAUGUAUCUUGCGAGGAUUUGUUGGAGUUUGCUUGUGAUCAGCCAAAUUCAAAACGCACCAGUGGGAAAGCUCGAGGUAUCGACAGUGAUGAAGUUAGGAUCAUGCGAAAAGUCCUUGGCCUCUCAAAGGUGACAGACGAACAGUGCCUUUCCACUCUGAAUGUAGCCGAUUGGAAUGUUCACAGAGCAAUAAAGCUUGUUAAGCUUCAGUGUUUAUUAAACUCUGGAUCCUCUCUAUCUAGUCUCCCAUCAAAUCAAAUAGUUUCCUCCACUCAUCUGUCCGCACUAGAAUCAACGAAUUGGGAUGUAUCCAAAGCUGCCACACUAAUUCUCUCAAGGUUAAAGAAUUCUAAUGAUCCUAAGCCAGAAAUAAUUCUAGUGUAAAUAACUUAAAGGUGACACUUAUUUUUUUCUUUUUCAUUGAGACGUCCGCAAAGUCUUCUGUUAAAAAAUGACAGAUCAGCACCCUUUAAUAGAAAGUCUGUCAAUUUCAUGUUUGAGGCUGCAUGUUGUGUUAGGCCUUGUCCACACAAGCGCAGUUGGCGGAACUUCUGGGCAAAUUAGUUUAAGGAACUGGAGUUUCACAGAAGGAGUUACAGUUGAGUUAAAAUAAGUUCCAGGAACAAGUUCACUCAAAAUUCUGGGCCCAUGUGGACAAGGUCUUACAAACAAGUAUUGCUACAUUUUUAAACUUUAAAUUUUAUACUUUUAUUCCUAUGUGUCUUCCAAGUACAUACAAAGCCCUCUGUAGCAACAUAUAGUUGAAAAACUUUAAUUUAUGUGAAUGUGCCAUUUUCAAACAUGAUCUAUCCUUUAUACCUCUUUUUUGGAGCAAUAUUAGUUGUGACCCGGGUGCAACGAUUUUUAUAAUCAAGUUCCUUAUGCAAAACUUGAAACAGAUGCAAGCAGUAAUACAUAUUACUUUACCUGUCACUCAAGUAUUCAAUAAUUUAUUUUCUUUCUAUUGAUUUCAAAUUCUGACAAAAUUUCUUUGACUCUCAAUAGUCACUUUCAAUGAACAAAUUGCAGUUCAACCCAUGAGUCGUUUGGAUGGAGUGUUGGUGAUUUCGCCAUAUCCCUCUAUGAUGAUUCAUCAGUCUUAGACUAAAUUUGAAUGCUUGUUAGGGAAAUCACCAACACUCUUUCCAAUUGUCACUGAUCAAAACAGUCAAUAUCUACAUUUUAGUCAUAGUAACAAAAACGUAUUUUGAUCUAUAAACUAAGUGUUCCCUUAAAAGAUGAAAAAAAACUCAGGGUGUUUUUAACAAACCUCAAUUUUUACUGCACGGCCCAAUCAGUAGUUUUGGAAUCUAUAUUUUUUCAAAUUUUCUUAUAAAACAUCUUUGCACAUUAGCUCGAUUUUUUACUUGAUUUCUUGAGCCUUGAAAAAUUUGGUUACAGUUUUUACCUAUUUCUUUAAGUCGUCAGUAUUUCUGUCUUUUAUAAAUGUCAUAGCCUGAAACAUACUCUGAGGUUGAAGAAUUUUGACUUUUCUCAAAAGAAAUUUUGGUUUUUCUAGUGACUCAUUAUUUUUUAGUUAUUAUUUAUUUUUUUCUGGGGUCUCUUUAUUUUUAUACUUAUUAUUUAGCAUCAAGAGAAACUUGCCAAUCACCUGUGAAUUGAUGUAUAAUUUUCUAAUGUACAUACCCAUCAUUAAUUUGAUUUUCCGUAUAUUUUACCGUGUUUAUUCAUUAUUUUUGUAUGGAAUUACCUGUGUAUUUGUUUUGUUUUAUAGAAUCCACACAAGUUCCUUAAGUUUGUGGCAUUUACUUAGUUAAUCAAACAGAAAACCAGAAUUCUUUAUCAUGAGUGAUCGGAUCACUGCGUAACUCCCAAGUAUUUUAGUUAGACAAGUUUUAACUUGUUUCAGUUACUAUUAUGACUGUCUCAUUGCAAGCAUAUGUAAGACGUGGGUAUUUUCAUGGUUGAUAUUACAAGCAUAGCAAAGAAAUAUUUCAGAUCUUGCAUAGCAUGUUGCCUGCCAUGCUGGGACUAAUUGAUCAAGUACAAAGGUGUUAUCAUAGCACCACGUAAGGCUCAUGAGGCCACCUCCAUCACCAAAAUACUGGCGGCAAGUAAAUUAUCAGCAAUCUGAUUGUGACUUCCUGAACUUUAGACUGAGUAGAUAAUUGACGCUGGUUUUGGAGUUUUUCAAUUUUUGAUCAAAAUUUGCCCUAUUUGUGCUGGUUUUCUGGGACUUUUAAAAUAAAUUAAUAAUAACUUGUUAGCAUGCAACAUGUUCACUAUACCUACAUAAAAACCAUAGGAAUUUUAUUCCAACAGGAUUAAAUGGAUGAAUUAUCAUUCUUCUAAUACAAUUUAUGGAUAGUUGGAGUUGACCUCGACUAAAUUGUUAUAUUAUUUUCUUUUGGACGCUAAAUUAUCUUUUCUAUGGAAUAUAUAAAGCGAUGAAGCUUAAAUAUAGAAGUAAAGAAUCAAUGAAGUCAAGUUGAAAUUAAGAGGAAAAGGUGUGAAGUUAUAUUCCUCUGUGAGACUCAAUAUAAAAAAUAAAUUUGCUACCCGUCUUUUUUCAAAUCAAAAAUUUUUUCUCCAUUGAAUGUUUGAUAGGAAAGAAUAUAAGACUGGUUUAGCCAACAACUGCUCUCUACUCAAUUUAUUUUUUCAUAGAGGGUUGGUCCCUCUUUGCCGAAUUCAACCUAUCAGACAUGCUUCUUUAUUUUCGUGAAACACUUUUUAUGAUCGCAGAAUUUCCCCAGAAAGUAUUUGUCUCUUUCAUUGCAGGGACAUUGUCUAAGUGAAAACAAAAAGAUUCA